CUCCCACGGGCCCCACAGUCCAGUGCUAGAUUGCUAGACUGCCGGUUGACAUAACCAGUACAACUUUUGACACGGCGCGAAGUAGACGUUUGCAAAAUAAUUCCUCCGUUUAUAUUAAUUAAAAACAUUGUUAUUGUGAGUUUUGAGUUCAGUGCGGAGUCAAGAUGGAUGUUAUCGAACAAAACCUCCUGAUGAUUUUCGGCGAAGAAGAGGCCAAAGAAUAUCGGCAGGCAAGACGUCGGCGUCGCCGCACUUUAACUACUACAAGUGUCACUUGCCACGCUUCUCUUCAGGAAUCUGACUUCUUUGAUUUAAACAGGACCAACGAAUCUACGAAGAGUGCCGCUGGAGACACCGAAGGCUCAGCACAAUGGAAGGAAGGCCCGUUUGUUCGCGUCGACGUGCCAUCUACACGAGCCAGCCCAGGAUUGCCUAUGGCUGACGAUAGAGGUGAACCUGAACUGAACCUGAGCGAAGAACUUCGUCUGUACGUCAGCGACCGUUAUGGACAUCGUGGAGAAAGCCUGCCUACAGAUGUUAUACGUUUAUUGAAUAAGUUGAAUCAAAGCGGUAAAGCACUGGACUCGCAGGCCCACGGGAGCACUAGCGCCAAUACCAACGCGCAAGACCAAAAAGCUGGGAGCACUAGCGCCAAUGCCAACGCGCAAGACCAAAAAGCUGGUACCUCUAAGGAAAAGAAACCUACGUCUAAGCAGAAGGAUUUAAAAUCGCCAAAGAAAAGAAAAACUCUAGACCCAGAACUACUUUCGAGGAGGAAUACGGUUUAUGAAGCUCUAUCUAACUAUAAAAAAUGUAGGAUAGAUCUCAAUCAAUACCAGGUCUAUAGGACAGCGAACAGUCGUAAAGAGCGAAUACGAAACAAGUAUGAAGAACUGAAAAAAGACCUGAACGAUUAUAAAGACUUUGCAGAAAGAAAGAAAAUCGAUGUAGAUGAGUUUAUUUUAAACCUGGACAAAAAGAUAAAUGGUACAAAUGGACAAGACAAGCAGAAAAUUGUUGAAGAAGAAAGCGAAAGUGCUGUGAAUGAGCCCCAAGUACAUAUUGUGAAACAUGGUGAUAAAGUCUAUAAUAUCAUAAUUAACAUACCGGAAUAAGUGUAGUGUAUUGAGACUUGCGUGCGAAAGAGGUGAAUGUCAACGUACAAAUAAGUACUAGAUCAACAUGUAUGUUUCACCGCUAAAACAAAAAAUAUUUUGGAAAUACAUUUCUAUCACGUCUAGAUUUUGUGUAAACGACCUGACAAAGUCCUGGAAUUAAUAAUAUUAUUUAUUAAUGGUUUCGUGACUGAACCGUGAACAUUUUCAAUAGGUACGUAAAUUAUAUAGUACCUACAAAUCUUAUUCUUUUCAUAUCACUUUAAACUGUCAAACACCGCGAGGGCACCGGUGACCGCAACCUAUUGUUCUUUAAAUGUGUCUAUAAUGAUGGUACUCGACGAGUUAAAUCGAUGCUUUAGGGUAUCGUCUCUGAGUCUAUCUAAUCUCGUCGCUGAGUUAUGGUAGUUCUGUAAUAUCUGUCGCAUGAAAAAAUCAGUUGAAACAAACUGCUGCAAUAACUCAGCUCAGCUAUCUAUAGCGAACGUUAAAGUAUAAAUUCAAAGUACUAUGGAAAGAUUCAACUCUAACUAAUUUUUUGAAAGUAUGGUACAUUUGAUAGGUAAUAAUCUAUAUACUAAUAUAAAGAGGAAAGAUUUGUACCUAUUUUUGUAUGUUUGUAUAUGUUUGUAAUGAAUAGGCUCAAAAAGUACUGGGCCGAUUUAAAACAGUCUUUCACCAAGAGAGUGCUACAUUCUUCCAAUUUGACAUAGGCUACAAUUCAUUUUCAAAAAAUUAGGGAUCCUUGGUAAAAUUUGAACAAU